AUGAUGGCGAUGAUCUUUCGACGCGUUCUUUCACUGGUGGUGAGUUUUUUUGCUCUUCCAAUCGAAAAACGUAAAGAGUACUUGGCGUACGGCCAUGGUAUGGUGUUCUCCCGCACGGAGCCGAAGCACAAGCAACAGCUUGUGAAGAUGUUGAAGGGGCUGGGUGAAAUUACUGCUAUGACUGGUGACGGUGUAAACGACGCGCCUGCUUUGAAGCAGGCUGAUAUUGGCAUUGCUAUGGGCAUUACGGGUACGGAAGUUGCUAAGGAAGCUGCAGACAUGGUGCUUGCUGAUGAUAACUUUGCUACGAUUGUGGCUGCUGUUGAGGAGGGCCGAGCCAUUUACAACAAUAUGCAGGCGUUUAUUCGCUACCUGAUUUCGUCAAACAUUGGUGAGGUAGCUGCGAUUUUCUUGACGGCUGCGUUAGGCCUUCCGGAGGGUCUUAUUCCGGUGCAACUUUUGUGGGUGAACCUCGUUACUGACGGUCCUCCGGCCACCGCGUUGGGCUUCAACCCACCGGAUGCGGAUAUCAUGAAAAAGCCACCUCGUCGCAGCGAUGAUGCUUUGAUCAACGGUUGGGUCUUCUUCCGCUACAUGGUUGUUGGCAUUUACGUAGGUUUCGCUUGCGUUGGUAUCUUUGCAUACUGGUACAUGUAUUAUGAGGCAUCGGGGGACGGUCAUACUCUGAUCACGUACGAUCAGCUGACCCACUGGACCAAGUGCCACGAAUGGGAGAACUUUACCGUGAACAACUUUGACGGCAUGGACUUUUCGUCGGACCCUUGCCGGUACUUCACUGACGGCAAGAAGACGGCGUCGACGCUUUCGCUCUCCGUGUUGGUGGCUAUUGAGAUGUUCAAUGCUUUGAAUGCACUUUCCGAGGAUGGCAGUUUGAUCACUAUGCCUCCUUGGUCGAACCCGUACCUCAUGAUUGCCAUGGUGGUGUCUUUUGUCAUGCACUUUGUUAUUUUGUACGUGGACGUGCUGGCCAAUACGUUCAGUGUGAUUCCACUUGAUUUGAACGAAUGGCUGAUGGUGUUGGUGUUUUCGCUGCCGGUAAUUCUAAUUGAAGAGGUGCUCAAGUUUAUCGGUCGUCGCAUGCAUGCGCAGGAACUCAAGCAACGCAUGGACGAAUGGGAGAAGAAGACUCAGUAG